AUCAUACAAUCGAGUGUUUUUAGACGUGCAAUGUAAUUGACAAGAUGAGCAGCGAAACUCAGAUUACGAUUAUCGUAAACGACAUUUUGAAAGUAGAAGCGAUAGAGGAGGCGUUCAGUUGCGUUCUCGUACAUCAUCCUACGAAGGAGACUGAUAAAAUAGCAGCAUGGCAGCAAGAGCUGAGGACCGCUAUGACCGGAUUGACGAAGGAGCAGCAGGAAGCGGCGGUUCGUCAGUUCCUGUCGAUGGCGGCGGCUAUGACGAAUCACAGACGAUUACAAUUGUUGCUGACGUUACUGGAGAAUCUAGUGCAGUCAAACUUUGUGCCCGCUAGACUGGUGUGUGAAUGUAUUCUAAGCUGCGACAAGCUGCAGUAUCAGUUGGAAGAUUUCUGGGUCGAGUGUUUCCUUCUUAUUAGACGUAUCAUCGGCGGAGUCGACUACAAGGGAGUUAGAGAGAUUAUGAAAGGAUGCAAAGAAAAGGCCCAAACCAUACCAGCCCGAUUGGACGCGUCAGUACAACCGCAACUGAAGGCUUUAGAGAAUGUUAUCGAAUAUAUUUUCGACAGAAAUGCGUGCUUACUGCCAGGCUAUUUUAUCGUCAACGAGAUACAGAAAGCUUAUCCCGACGGGAAAAAUUGGCCUCAUUGGAAACUGGCGAAGCUGCUCUCCAAUUUUGUCGAAAGCUUCCGAAACACCGCGCAAAUGGUAUCCAUAGUAGGACACUCGAAAAUGUUGCCGGUUGUCGAGCACACGGGAUACGCCGACUAUCUGAUCAAUCCUUGGUUAUUGGAUCCCACCACAUUGAAGUUUUCCUUGAAGGGAAAUCUACCUUACGAUCCGGAUUUACUUAAGCCUCAGACAGAAUUGCUUAGAUACGUUUUAGAGCAGCCGUAUAGCAGAGACAUGGUUUGUUCGAUGCUCGGAUUGCAAAAACAGCACAAACAGCGAUGCAUCGUCUUGGAGGAGCAGCUCGUGGAACUCGUCAUACUCGCGAUGGAGCGAUCUGAAAACGAGACUCUGCCGGCAGACGGAAUGGAUGGAACGGUGGCCAAUCACUGGGUGUGGUUACACCUAUCCUCGCAACUUAUUUACUUUAUUCUCUUCCAAUUUGCCUGUUUCCCAAGUAUUGUCAUGGCGAUACACGACAAGUUGGCAGGCAGAGAAUUGAGAAAGGGCAGAGACCAUCUGAUGUGGGUCCUUCUGCAGUUUAUCUCCGGCAGCAUUCAGCGGAAUCCACUGUCGAAUUUCUUGCCGGUGUUGAAACUCUACGAUCUACUCUACCCGGAGAAGGAGCCACUGCCGGUCCCGGAUUACACCCAGGCGCUGUGCACUCACCAGAUGGCGAUAACUUGCAUAUGGAUACAUCUGCUGAAGAAGGCUCAGACCGAACCCUGCACCAACAUACACAGGCCCAUACCGCACACGUUGAAGGUCCAUCACGAGUUCCUGCAGCAUCUGGUCAUGCCGAAUGCUUCUCUCUGUAUGGGCUCGGAUUACCGCAUUGCGCUCCUGUGCAACGCGUACUCGACGAACCAGGAGUAUUUCAGCAGACCGAUGGCGGCGCUGGUGGACACCAUUCUGGGCACGCAAAAGAAUCAGCAGCAGCAACCCAUGCAGACGCUGCAAAAUAACGCGGCGCUGCCGAACGGCCCGACGACGCCGCUUUCGAUGUCAAUUUUGGAUUCUUUGACCGUGCACUCCAAGAUGAGCCUGAUCCACAGCAUCGUCACGCACGUGAUCAAGUUGGCGCAGUCCAAGAGCAACAUGGCACUAGCGCCGGCACUGGUGGAGACCUACAGCCGGCUGCUGGUGUACACGGAGAUCGAGAGUCUCGGCAUUAAAGGGUUCAUCAGCCAGUUGUUGCCGACGGUGUUCAAGUCGCAUGCCUGGGGAACGCUGUACACGCUCCUGGAAAUGUUCAGUUACAGGAUGCACCACAUCCAGCCGCAUUACAGGGUACAGCUGCUGUCGCAUCUGCACAGCCUAGCAGCGGUACCGCAGACCAACCAGACGCAGCUUCAUUUGUGUGUCGAGAGCACGGCCCUGCGCCUCAUUACCGGCCUGGGCUCCGCCGAGGUGCAACCGCAGCUGUCCAGAUUCCUGUCCGAGCCGAAGACUCUCGUGUCCGCGGAAUCGGAGGAACUCAAUCGAGCGUUGGUGUUGACGCUCGCGCGAUCGAUGCACGUGACCGGCACCGGCGCCGACAGCCUCAGCGGCACGUGGUGCAAGGAACUGCUCAACACCAUCAUGCAGAACACGCCGCACUCGUGGGCCAAUCACACCCUCCAGUGCUUCCCGCCGGUGCUGAGCGAGUUCUUCCAGCAGAACAGCGUGGCGAAGGAGAACAAGCAGCAGAUAAAGAAGGCGGUCGAGGAGGAGUACAGGAAUUGGGCGUCUAUGAACAACGAGAAUGACAUCAUCGCGCAUUUCUCGGUCCCCGGCACGCCGCCGCUGUUCCUGUGCCUCCUGUGGAAAAUGAUACUCGAGACCGAUCGCAUCAGUCCCAUCGCGUACAAGAUCCUCGAGAGGAUCGGCGCGAGGGCGCUGUCGGCCCAUCUCAGGAAGUUCUGCGACUAUCUGGUGUUCGAGUUUGCCAACAGCGUCGGCGGCCAGCACGUCAACAAGUGCGUGGACACUAUUAACGACAUGAUCUGGAAGUACAACAUAGUGACCAUCGACAGGCUUGUACUUUGCCUCGCGUUGAGAACUCAAGAAGGCAAUGAGGCCCAAGUGUGCUUCUUCAUCAUACAAUUGUUGUUGCUGAAAGCGGCGGAAUUUAGGAAUCGUGUGCAGGAGUUCGUUAAAGAGAACUCGCCGGAGCAUUGGAAGCAAUCGAAUUGGCACGAGAAGCAUCUCGCCUUCCACAGGAAGUUCCCGGAAAAGUUUGCCCCGGAGGGCAUUAUGGAGCAGACCAGCGGCGGACCCAAUCAGUAUCAAAAUCUGCCCGUGUACUUCGGGAAUGUGUGCCUCCGUUUCUUACCGGUUUUCGACAUAGUGGUGCACCGGUACCUGGAGAUACCGCCCGUUAUCAAGAGUUUGGAAAUACUACUGGAACAUUUGGGCUGCUUAUACAAAUUUCACGAUCGACCUGUCACGUAUCUUUACAAUACAUUGCAUUAUUACGAAAAGAAGUUGCGAGAUCGGCCUUUAUUAAAGCGUCGAUUGGUAUCCGCCGUUUUGGGAUCGUUACGGGAAAUCCGAGCGCCAGGAUGGGCGCUUUCCGAGGCUUAUCAAGUGUAUAUGACACGUUUCAAUGACGAUGCAAUCUCUUGGGUACCGGAAUUGGAGUACUACGUUCGUCUUGUACAAAGGAUCGUAGAAACUAUGUCCGGCACGGCUCAUUUCCCCGCUACCGAUUGGAGAUUCAACGAAUUCCCAAAUCCAGCGGCGCAUGCAUUGUACGUGACCUGCGUCGAACUUAUGGCUCUUCCAGUUGCUCCAGAUGCAGUGGCUAACUUUUUACUGGACACUGUCGCCAAAGGAUACACCUUUGUGCCCAGAGACGAGAUACAUUUGUGGAUAAAUUGCGUUGGUUUACUACUGGCGGCCUUACCAGAAUGUUAUUGGUCAGCGUUGCACAAACGUUUGCUGGAGACCAUCAGCAGCCCCGGCCUCGUCAAUUGGCAGUACAACAACUUGACGCCGUUUCAAAUGUUUAACUUCAACAUUACGCAUAACAGUCUGUUAGAAAACAAGUACAGCUACAUGCUCGCAUUAGCGCACUCCGUGUGGCAUCAUGCGGGCGUAGGGCAGAUCACGACGAUGCCCCAGUUUAUCAAAGAAAAACUUCAGCCGGUUGUAACCAGCGAGGAACAAUUAAUAUACGCCUGCCACCUAAUCGGGCCUACUCUGGCGAGGUUUAACGCGGAGCGGCCGCAUUGCGUGGUCGAGCUUGCAGUCUGCCUGUACGAGAUGCUGGAACGAGUUGACCACACUCAAACUACCUUGAAUUACAUGGAUCCGAUUUGCGAUUUACUAUAUCACAUCAAGUACAUGUUUGUUGGCGAUAUGACGAAAAACGAGGUGGAGUGCAUCAUACGAAGAUUGAGGCCGGCGUUGCAGAUGAGGCUGCGUUUCAUCGCUCACAUAAACAUAGACGAGAUCCAUACGUCGUAAGACACAAUUGUACCUGCGGGGACGACCUUGCGCGCGACGUGUAAUUUAGCUUAUCGUAACGAAACGGAUGCCGACCUCUUUGCUUCUGGACGAAGGCGUUCCCUGGUCGGUCUGAAGUGCGUAGGAUUAGUAAUUUUAAAUACAAGUAGACGUGGGAAAUGUACACUUCCUUUUUUUUUAUUAAAAAAAAAAAGAUAUGUCUUGUACUUUGAUAUGUUGAACGCGUACCUUUGUAAGGAAAUAAAAUUAAAUGCUCCGCAA